AUGGCACAGCAAUCAGGGCAGCCGAAGCUAACGGGCAAAUGGCCUCAAGCUCUUGAUCUCGCAGGGUCAAAUCUACCGUGUCGGCUUGAGGGAGAAGUUGGUGAUCUAAUCGUGCUCGGUCAAAUCCCUUCAGGCAUUGAUGGCACCUUCUACCGCGUAAUGUGCGACCCUUUCGUCCCGCCUCAUCCCAACAAUGUGCCCAUCGAUGGAGAUGGAAAUGUUUCAGCUUUCCGGUUCCGCAAUGGCCGUGUCGACAUGAAGCUCAAGUACAUCGAGACAGAGCGCUACAAACUCGAACGCAGGGCCAACAAAUCCUUAUUCGGUCUAUAUCGCAACCCCUUCACGCAUCAUCCCUGUGUUCGGGCGGCAGUAGAUUCUACUGCGAAUACCAAUCUCGUAUACUGGGCUAACAAGUUAUUGGCCCUCAAGGAAGUUGCUCUACCCUACAGCCUCGACCCGGAUACUCUCGAAACACUGUCAUACAAUCCCUUUGGGGAUCAGGUCAAGGCCAAAACCUUUACAGCUCAUCCAAAAAUCGAUCCGUACACUGAUGAGCUCGUCGUCUUUGGGUACGAAGCAAAGGGUCUGGCAACCACAGACAUUGUGGUCUACUCGCUGGACAAGGCUGGUGUUAAACAUGAUGAGCAGUGGAUUCAGGCGCCCUGGUGUGCCUUCAUUCAUGACUGUGCCAUCACCCGUAACUGGAUCAUACUGGUUCUUUGGCCCUUCGAAGCCAAUAUGGCGCGUAUCAGGGAGGGAAAGCAACACUGGGCUUGGAACUACGACCGCCCAGCAACUUUCAUUGUUGUUCCCCGACGCAAGAACACCUGCCUACCUGCUGGAUGGAACGAGGGCGAGUACCGAACAUAUUCGUGGAAGAACUGUAUGCCCAUCCACACCGCGGGUGCGUGGGAAGAUAUGGACGGCAGUCUCCAUUUCGAGUCUUCGCGAGUUCAUGACAACGCCUUUCCGUUCUUCCCUCCAGAUGACGGCAGGAUGCCUGCACCAGAUGCCAAGGCCGAUUUCGUGCGCUGGAAGAUUGAUCUGAAUCAAUCAAACGGCACCACCAUUUCAGAUCCUAUCGUUAUACUUGACGUGCCAUCCGAGUUUCCACGUAUAGACGAGCGUUUUAUGACGUCUCGGUAUGAAUACCUCUUCUUGAAUGUCUUCAUUCCUGACAAGUCAGACGGCGGCAAGAACAUCUUCCACGGUCUCAACGGUCUCGCCAUGCACAGCCACAAAACAGGAGAGACACGCUGGUUCUACGCCGGCGACGAUUCCCUUGUUCAGGAGCCUAUUUUCAUCCCACGUACUCCCACCUCACCUGAAGGUGAUGGCUGGGUUAUUACCAUGGUGGAGCGCCGUGGCUUGAACCGUAACGACUUGGUCGUAUUGGACACGAGAGAGUUUGAGAAGCCUAUCGCCAUUGUGCAACUACCACUCCACGUCAAAGCUCAGAUACAUGGGAACUGGAUCGAUGCCUCACUCUUGCCGAAGUGGGUAAGCCUUGUUCGGGAUAUACCGGAAGUUCAGAUCAGUAAGCAGGGAGCAUUAGAGCCGAUAACUUGA